AUGCCCGGUCAGAGAUCUCUGUUCGUUCAUAAAAGAGCUGCGUCAAUGAUGGAGACCACUAACGAGCUGGCCAUGACCGCUAACGGGCAUGGCGACACGCCGUUAUUGACCGCAUCACGUAGGGGACAACUGGAGGUGCUGCGAACGCUCCUUGCCGAGCACGGCGUGCCGCUGGAGCACACUAACACGGACGGGAAAACGGCGCUGCACGAGGCUGCUCAGGAAGGUCACGUCGAUUGCGUACGACUACUCCUGGGCUCCGGAGCGCAGGUCGACAGCCUGAAAAAGGCCGAUUGGACUCCACUGAUGCUUGCAUGUACUAAGGAAAAUCUUGCAGUUGUGGAAGAACUGGUGAAAAAUGGCGCAUCUUUGAGUCUAGUAAACAAAGAUGGGUGGACUCCUUUCCACAUUGCCUGCAGAGAGGGUCACACUUUCAUCGUAAAAUUUUUGCUGGAUUCUGACCCCGGUUGCUGGGAUACGAGGACCAAGAACGGUCGCACACCGCUCCACACUGCAGGUAGGGUAUAUAUAUACCCUUCCUUGUGUGCACACAGACAGUGUGAGAAAGGAAGGAAGCACCAGGGCUUAUCCUUGGCUGGAAUGGUGUUACAGUCAUUAGAAGGCAGUGACAAAUGAAUAAUAUUAUGUGGGUUGGUGUGCUCUCACCUUUUUUUUUGCUUAUGAACAUGAACUUAGUGUUUUCUUGAAGAGGAGGAUAUGAAUAACUACUAGCAUCGUCAGCAGAACCAUUGCUAGCCAUGACGUAACCUGAGCCUACAAAAAUAGCAUAGUACUGCAUGGUUUAUGCACAUCAGACAAGGUGCCUCGCUUCAGUCACCAACAAUGACAAGAGAGUCAGGGAUGAUUGACCUUUUCUUUUCUCUUGGCCCAUGGCCGGCUGGCAGCUCUCCACGGGAGGCUGGAGGUGGUCCAACUGCUACUGGAGCGGUGUGACUACGAGGCAGACCCCAGGGACACCAGCGGUGUAACUCCUCUCAUGGACGCUGCACGCGGAGACCACGUCAAUGUGCUGCAAAGCCUCUUACAGCACAACAAGGGUUCCCUGGAGGCAGAGGACUUGCAGGGAAGGCGAGCAGUCCACCACACAGCCCAGGCAGGUGCCAACAGUGCCCUCUCACUGCUCCAGCGAGAGGGAGCCAGCAUUGAGGCUGUAGUCGUCAACACUGGACAGACUCCACUCCACUGUGCAGCAAGAGAGGGCCAGGCGGGGACCAUUUCUAUACUGCUGUCCCUGGGAGCUGACCCAAAACUCACUGACAAGACAGGAAAGACUGGUGAAUGAAAUAACUGGAGGUUUUGUCACACGAGGGACUGCAUAGUAACUGGUGGUACUACUGCUGCGCCUACACAAAGUUUUGAUUGGAGGGAUUGUAUAGUGUAACCACUACAUAAACACUACAUAAACCUGCAGACUAUGU